UAUGGUCACAGUAGCUCUUAGACGUCAGUGGUCGCCCGGAUUUUGCUUGGAGAAUAAUUUACAGUUGAGAAAUCUUUUUUUGAGUUGGUGCGCUAAUCCUUACAUUAAAUUUCCCUAAGAAACUUCUUUCAAAUAUAUUCAGCAUUACGUUGAAAUACACUUAAACAAUUUUGAUUUUUCUAGGUAUAAGGUAAAUACCCUGAAACCUCGAGAUGAAAACCUCAAUAGUUUUUAUCUUAAUCUACGUCAUCGUCUCAUCCUGGUGUCAAGAUGAAACAGUGUUCCAUUGCUCUCCCAAGCCUGGUUGCCAGAUUGCACAAUGUGAUCCGGUUGCUGUAGGUUGGGACAGGCCAGGCUUCAACAUUGAUGAACAUCUGCAUGACAAAGAGUUUUCUAUUACGUGCAAAUCUAAGAGUAGGGUACAACCUCAGAAUGCUGUCAACCUGUUUCCCUUCGUAUCCAGGAAUACUAUGGAUAUUGGAAGUAUUAAAUCAGAAUUGGAAGAGCUGGAAGGAAACUCCAAUAAAAACACAAAAAAUAUUGAAGCAUUGGAGCAGAAAUAUUCCGGAAUUCGUGAGACACAGAAUGUAAAUGCAGAGCAUUCUGCCGAAAUCGCUGACCUAAAGCAGAGCCGUGAAGAAUUGAGGAAAGACUUGAUCCGACUUGAAACAAUGAACAACAAGCUUCUCAAAGAAUUGGAAGAACAAAAGCAAGGAAACAGUGAGAUGAAGAAAGCAAUGGAGCGGAUUGAACAAAAACUCUCUACAAUGGAGAAGCCUCAACAGGUUCGAUCUAGAAACCAACAGAGACCAACGACAACAACCAAAACAACAUUGAAACCAACCCAUUCACCAGAAAACUGCGAAUUAAAGAUUGGAAAUAUAUGUUAUUUUUUUGUGAAACAAACUGUCGUCUACGACACAGCAGUUGAUAUUUGUAGGAAACGUAAAGCAGUUGUUGGUUUGAUCCGAAAUGAAGAAUCCUACAAUGCGAUCAAGAAUUUCUUGAUAAAGGGUAUGUCGAAGAGUUAUACGUGGAUUAGAAUGUGGACAGGAAUCCAGUUUGAUCCAAAGACCCGUGACGUCACACCUGCAGAUUCAUUCGUUAAAUGGGAUCAAGGUAUUCCCAAUACUGGAAUUGAUUUCAAAGAUCACACGAAUGUUUAUCUCUUUGCUGGUCCCAACCCGUUAUUGCAAGGAAUGAUGAAUGCUUCUCCUACCUGGGACCUUAAUGGGGUUAUUUGUGAGAUCCUGAUCUAAUGUGACGUCUGCCCGGUUGUAUUCUCUGGAUCCAUCACCAAUGAAAUAUAAAUCAUUGAAUCUUACUUUAGAGUUCAUCCGAUUGACAUUUCAAAUAAAUUAAAUUAUUGUUUAAAAUUCAUUGAGAGUAGAAAUAGCAAACAUUUCGGCUUUGGCAAUCACAUUACUUAUUUUGCAAUAUGAAGAUAUAAAUGUGAAAUUUAGAGAUUGAAAUGUUUGAUUUGGGUAAUUUUUAAAAUUCAGAAUAG